AUGAUCACAAAAAUUACAGCUCUUAGUCUCUGUUUAUUAAGCAUUGUCGAAGCUGAUUACUUAUGUAACUGUUAUUGUCCACCUAGCAACACCUACGUUGGAUAUGGUAUUAUUGAAACAUCCUCAACAAUAUGUGAUGCUCAAAUUUGUUCAACAUGGGGAGAAUGUCGAAACGCAGGAAGUAGUGUAACAGCAUCUUUCGUUAGUUUUGCAUUAAGAUUAACUGCAACUUUGGCUAAAAAUAUCUUUAAAUAA